UAACGAGUGUGUGCGUGGAAUUAACUAACAAAUAACCUCCCUCAUUGACACCUAGCUUUAGCUUAGCCUCCAUCUUUCUUCCUUGCUGGCUGCUUCCUCUAUAAAAAGGCCUAGCUCUGCACCCAUCACCCUCCCCCUUUGCAGCCAUCUCCAUCCAUUGCUCUAUCUUCCCUUCUCUUCUCUUCUCUAAGCCCGUAGCAAAGAGGAAAGCACUGCCAUGGCCGGGGCUCAGACCGGGAGCAGCGCCACGCCGUGCGCGUCAUGCAAGCUCCUGCGGCGGCGGUGUGCCAGGGACUGCGUGUUUGCGCCUUACUUCCCGCCGGAGGACCCCCACCGGUUCGCCACCGUGCACCGGGUCUUCGGCGCCAGCAACGUGAGCAAGAUGCUGCAGGAGCUCCCUGCGGCGCAGCGGGCUGAUGCCGUGAGCAGCCUGGUGUACGAGGCCACAGCGCGGAUGCGGGACCCCGUCUACGGAUGCGCCGGCGCCAUCUCCUACCUCCAGCAGCAGGUCUCCCAGCUCCAGGUGCAGCUGGCCGUCGCACAGGCCGAGAUCAUCCAGCGCAUCAACCACCCGUCCCCGUCCGCUGCAUUUCACCUGCAGGAGCUCCAGCAGCGCCAGGCGCAGCAGCAGCAGCAAAUGCAGAUGGACGAUGAUGAUAAGGCGUAUAGCAGCCUCGUCAUGCAGAAUGAUCUGAUGAGCACGCUGCUGCUGCAGGAGGCGUGCCUUAAGAAAGAGUCCCUAUGGACAUGAUCAUUAUGUGCCGCCAUAACUGUCUAGUGUUCUUCUACUUUGAUUCAUAAACAGUGUCUCUGCUUCUGUAAUUUUCUGAAAAUUGGGAAAUUGAGAAGAAAGUUGAUUGA